GCAAACUGGCUAGCUUGUUCUUUGCAGGAUUGGGGCUGAAACAUGGGACACCAAGAAGAUGUAUUUACAGCAUUCCUUUUUGGACCAUUACCAGAGAUAUAGUGGACCAGUCUUUCCAAACUUUUUGCUAAGGUCUUUCUUCCAUGAGGCUCAGCAGUAACCUUUAAUGAUGGGAGACAUCCUAGCUUAUGAAGCAGAGUUACUUGGGCUGGUGAAAGAGUACUUAGAUUUUGCAGAAUUUGAAGACACAGUGAAAACGUUUACAAAGGAAUGUAAAAUAAAAGGGAAGCCAUUACCUAAAACAACAGGUGGUUCCUUGAGAGACUCCAAAGCUUUGAUUAUCCAGAAGGAUCUACUUACAGCGUUUGAAAAUGGAAAUCAGAAAGUGUUCUUUGAACUUUGGGAGGAGCAUAUUUCCUCUUCCCUCCGAGACAAUGAACCUCUUGCCCAGAAGCUGGAGUUUUAUCUUCACAUCCACUUUGCCAUCUACCUCUUGAAGCACUCUGGCAGGAAGCCUGACAAAGCUGACUUUGAUGAAAGGAUUUCUCGCUUCAAAACUUACCUGGAGACGAAAGGGGCUGCACUCAGUCAGACCACAGAAUUCCUCCCUUUUUAUGCUUUGCCUUUUGUUCCCAACCCCAUGGUCCACCCAUCAUUUAAAGAACUCUUUCAGGAUUCUUGGACGCCAGAGUUAAAGACCAGGUUGGAAAAGUUCCUGUCUCUGACUUUGAAAGCCAGUCAUGCCCCAAGACUUCUCACUUUAUAUAAGGAGAAUGGACAAUGCAGCAAAGAAAUGUUGCAGCAGCUUCAUCAGCAGCUAGUGGAGGCUGAGCACAGGAACAUGACUUACCUCAAACGGUUUAAUAAAAUCCAGGUAGAUUAUCACAAUCUCAUCGGGGUCACUGCUGAGCUGGUGGAUUCUCUCGAGGCCACAGUCAAUGGCAAGAUGAUCACACCAGAAUAUCUUCAAAGCAUCUGUGUUCGCUUGUUUAGCAAUCAGAUGAGACAAAGCAUAGCGCACAGCAUUGACUUCACAAGGCCUGGAACUGGAUAUUACUCUCUGAGCCCUUGUGAUGACGGAUAUGCAUCCACAAUGUUAAGAGCAUCUUUAGCCCCUGUGAAAAUGCAGGAAGUGCCGUUGUUACCCUCUUUGGAUUAUGAGAAGCUGAAGAAAGAUCUGAUCAGCGGGAGCGACCGUCUUAAAACUUUCUUACUGCAAGCUCUGCGCUGGCGUUUGACGACGUCUCAUCCUGGUGAGCAGAGAGACACCGUUCUGCAAGCUUAUAUCAGCAAUGACCUACUGGAUAUUCACAACAGUAGCCAGAGUGUGCAGAGAAGUGUGCUGAAAUUGUUACAUUCCAAGAGUGAGGCGGUCCGACAGUACAUAGCGAGGCUUAUCAAUGCUUUUGCUUCGUUGGCAGAAGGUCGCCUCUACCUUUCCCAGAACCCAAAGUUGCUGCAACUGCUGGAGGAAAGGCUGAAAGCUGAAGACAAGGAUUCCCUUACUCGGGAGAAUGUUCUGGGGGCUUUGCAGAAAUUCAGCCUCAGACGUGCCUUGCAAUCGGCUAUGAUCAAUGACGGGCUCAUUUUCUGGCUAGUUGAUGUCCUAAAGGAUACGGAUUGCUUGUCAGAUUACACGCUGGAAUAUUCUGUAGCCUUGCUCAUGAAUCUUUGUCUCAGGAGUUCAGGGAAGAAAAUGUGUGCGAAAGUUGCAAACCGCGUGCUCAAAGUUCUCUCUGAUCUCCUGGGCCAUGAGAACCAUGAGAUACAGCCAUAUGUGAAUGGAGCGCUGUACAGCAUUCUUGCUAUCCCUUCUAUACGAGAAGAAGCCAGAGCAAUGGGAAUGGAAGAAAUUCUGCGGUGCUUCAUCAAGGAAGGAAAUGCUGAGAUGAUCCGGCAAAUUGAAUUCAUUAUCAAGCAGCUUAAUUCAGAAGAGCCAUUGGAUGAUAGUGUUGAAUCUGAUGAUGAAGAGGAGGAUGAAGAUGAUGAAGAGGACCAUGAUACAAUGGAGGCUGAUCUGGACAAAGAUGAGGUGAUCCAGCCUCAGCUGGGAGAACUGUCAGGAGAGAAGCUGCUGACCACAGAGUAUUUGGGGAUAAUGACCCACACGCCAAAAGUGAAGAAGAAGCUGUUUCCUGGUGUUCACCUGAGUGUAGACGAGCCUCUCCAGAGACCAGUCACCCCAGGCUAUCACAGAGCUGCAUACCCAACGCCAGAAAAUGAUGCCAUUUCUUCCCAUGGCAGGGACUGCAAACUCCAGGCUAUGCAGAACUGUCGUCCACCUACUCGUAGCGGUAGCAGAUCCAGCAUUUCCAACUUUGGUAUUUCCUCUGCAUGUCUCAGAAUGGAUCAGCACACCCCAGCAGUUACUGAAGACCCGUCAGCCCAAUCCACUGAGUUCGCCCAGGACAGAGUUAAUGGGCUAUCAUACAGUGAGUUUUGCUCUGCCUUCACCAGCAAACCUAGGGUCCCCCGCACUCCUGAAGCACAGAGUCCUAGCCACAGAAGGGGAAAGAUCCCAACCAUCGCACCACAGUUCUCUCAGUCUGGGCCCCAGCAAACAAGCCGGCCUAGUUCUUCGGGAUCAUCUACAAGGAGCAGGCAGAAUUCCCUGGCACUAACUUUGCUGUUAGUUGGGGCCUCUUUUGCUAUUCACUGUAUUAUCCUGUUAGUAACGGCUGAGAUCUCAAAGCAGUCCAGGGGCUUCCGACAGGCAGCCAGUCCUCCAGGAAGUGAGAUGAGUUCCUUUCGUCAGGAAGCACCUGUCUUAUCCCUCAGGACACAGGUAGCAGCAUCCUGUAACAAGACUCCUCACUGCACUGGCCGGUGCCUGAGAGGAGAAUGAGGUAUCAGUGCUGCCCUUGCACAAUGAAUCAGGGAUUAUCUGAUGGGAUGCGGCCGCUGUUGGCAAAAACAAGAGACCUUGUCAGGAAUCCGAGUUUGCGUAGCAGCACAUCUCCGGCAGCAGAGGCCGGUGGAUUGGGAAGAUGUACAAAUCCCACUAUUCCUAAUAACUUAUUCUGGAGCAACAUUGCUGAGUAGAUUUAAACACAUGAUGUGCAUGUCUCCCCCCCCCCCUCCCCCAGGGAGAAGGUCUGCAGAGCUGAUGCAAUGAGCUGUCCAGACAGCUGGAUGAGGUGUAUUGUUUACAUGUUGUUCCCUGGACCAAGUGCUGACACGCGCUGUUUUAGCUAGCCCUUUCUUUCUGAGCUGCGGGGAUGGAAGAUCUAAGUGCAGGGAAACAGCAGCAGCCAAGACCGACAACAUGUCUGGUUCCAACCUGACUAACACCGCGCACAAUCCGUUCCUUCAUGGGGCUUCCAAGCCUACAAGUGAGCUCUGAACUUGGCCUGCAGGGAUCUGUGCUGGGGGCUUCAACAGGGAUCCUAAUUUUCUGUCAGAACCCCCUCGUCCCCCCCAAAAAAAUUCUCGAAUAAAUAAUAUUUAAAAAUCCAAGGUUUCGUGUGGUGAAAACAAAAUGCUGAGCGUUAGUUUCCCUGGUCACGCUAUGUCGAAGUGAACGCAAGUGUUUUAUUGAUCCAGUUACGAUUUGUAAGCAAGUUCAAAGCCAUCAGUCUUUAAACUAAAAUAAAACAAAAGUCAUAGAAAUGCAGGUUGUAUUUCUUGUGGACACCAAAAGCUUCUGUGUCUGU